UAGCAUGCAGUAAGCAGUGUCAUACUGUGAGUUUUCAAAAGUAAAAGCAGAACUGACUUAUACUGGCAGGAAGCUGUAACUCCUAGAGCUUUCUGCGGAUUUGUGAAGUAAAACAGGACUUCUUAUUUCUCUGCAUCCCAUGUUUUAUGCAACUUUUGCAAUAUCUAUUCCUUUAAUCCUCUAGAAGGCCCUGAAGUUACACAGAUUAGGACUGAUUGAAAGAACGGUUCAGCAUGAAUUCCUCUGUAUUGCUACGUCUCAUGGUGAUGCUGGUUCAACUUUGGCCUUGUUCUCUCAGCACGCAGAACUCCAGCGCUCAAAACACAGUUCAGUCUUUCACACCAGUUCGAAGAGUGAAACGUAGCUGGCUGUGGGAACCUCUUUUUGUAACUGAGGAACAGAUUUCACCAGAUCCUGUGUAUAUUGGACAGCUGAAAUCAGAUUUAGACAAGCAGGAUGGUAACUUAAAAUACAUUUUGACCGGGGAGGGAGCUGGAAGCUUUUUUGUCAUCGAUGAACUUAACGGCAAAAUUUAUGUAACACAAAAGUUGGAUCGAGAAAAGAAACCUUUCUACACUCUAAGAGCACAAGCAAUUAACAGGAGCACUAAUCUUCCUGUUGAACCUGAAUCAGAAUUUAUCAUCAGGGUUCGAGAUGUCAAUGACAAUGAACCGCAGUUCUUGGAUGGACCUUAUAUGGCUACUGUUCCAGAGAUGUCACCUGAAGGUACUUCGGUUACACAGGUAACAGCUACAGAUGCUGAUGAUCCUUCUUAUGGGAAUAGUGCUCGUCUGCUUUACAGUCUUCUUGAAGGACAGCCUUAUUUCUCUGUGGAGCCAAAGACAGGGGUCAUUAGAAUGGCUCCCCAAAUGGAUAGAGAAACAAAAGAGCAGUAUUUGGUCAUCAUUCAAGCCAAAGAUAUGGUUGGGCAACCAGGAGCAUUGUCUGCAACAGCCACUGUUACCAUCAAUCUCUCUGAUGUCAAUGACAAUCCACCUGAAUUUCAACAGCGACUCUACUAUAUGAGUGUCUCUGAAGAGGCUCCUGUGGGCACCACUGUAGGCAAAGUCUUUGCAGAAGACAGAGACAUUGGGGACAACGCAGCCAUGGACUAUUUCAUUGAAGCAGAUAGCUCAGGUGUUUUUGACAUCAUUACUAACAAUGAGACUCAAGAAGGAAUUAUCUUACUGAAAAAGAGAGUGGAUUAUGAGAGGCAAAGGAGAUACAGUAUACAAGUAAAAGCUGUAAACAGAUACAUUGAUGAGCGUUUUUUGAAAGAAGAGCCAUUUGAAGACACAACCAUUGUCAAAAUCAAUGUGGAAGAUGCUGAUGAACCUCCAGUUUUCACCUUGGAGAACUACAUGAUGGAGAUUGUCGAAGGAGCUAUGAAUGGUGCUUUGGUGGGGCUCGUAACUGCCAGAGAUCCAGAUGAUGAUGGGAGUCCAGUCAGGUACUCUAUUGUCCACAGCACUCAUUUAAAGAGACUGUUCAGCAUCAAUGAGCACAAUGGAGCAAUCAUUACCACUGAACCCUUGGACCGAGAGGUAGCUUCUUGGCACAACAUAACUGUUACAGCCACAGAAACAAGAAAUCCUGAAAAAAUUUCAGAAGCAAAUGUGUAUGUCCAAGUCCUUGAUGUUAAUGAUAAUGUACCAGAAUUCCCUAAAAAUUAUGAAACAUUCAUUUGUGAGAAUACAGUUUCUGGACAGCUAAUUCAAAGCAUCAGUGCAGUGGAUCAAGAUGACUCUGCAGAAGGUCAUCAUUUUUUUUUCUCAUUGGCUCAGGAGGACGCAAACAGCUCACAUUUUACUGUGAAAGACAAUCAAGAUAACACAGCUGGAAUUUUCACACGAAAAAGUGGUUUCAGCAGGCAAGAGCAGUUUUUUUUCUACUUGCCCAUCUUAAUUCAGGAUAAUGGAACCCCACCGCUGACGAGCACAAAUACUCUCACUGUCACUGUCUGCGACUGCGACACUGAAGUUAACACCUUCUACUGCCGAUACGGAGCUUUCAUGUAUUCCUUGGGUCUAAGCACAGAGGCUUUAGUUGCUGUUUUUGCCUGCAUAUUAAUAUUCCUAGUGUUCUUUUUGGCAAUUGUAACUAUAAGGCAGCAGCAGCAGAAGAAGCCUCCCUUUUCAGAGAAGAUGGAAGACUUCAGAGAGAACAUUGUCAGUUAUGAUGAUGAAGGAGGGGGCGAGGAGGACACAGAAGCCUUUGAUAUUUCGGCACUGAGAACACGCACUGUCAUGCGAACACACAAACCUAGGAAGAAGGUGGCCUCCGAAAUCCAGAGCCUCUACAGACAGUCUCUGCAGGUUGGCCCAGACAGCGCAAUCUUCAGGCAAUUCAUUUCAGAAAAGCUCGAAGAAGCAAAUACAGAUCCUAGCGUUCCUCCCUAUGACUCACUUCAGACCUAUGCAUUUGAGGGGACUGGUUCCUUGGCAGGAUCCCUCAGCUCGUUGGGUUCAAACACUUCAGACAUGGAUCAGAGCUAUGACUACCUUGCAGACUGGGGACCUCACUUUAAACAGCUUGCAGGCAUGUAUUCUUCCCACAGAACUGUGGGGGAUUAGGCACUUUUUGAAUUGUUCUUUUGUUUUCCUAAGUCUUAGCAACCAAACACAACUGUGGAUUUUUAAAAAGGAUGUCAUCCCACAUUAAACAGGAGAAAUAAGAGCCCAAGGGUUUUAAUAUGGAAAGUUUUGGAUGUGGAAACAUCUUGAAAGAUUAAAACACACCAGGGGUGUUACCACAUGAAGGGAUUGAGGUAAUAGUUUGAAAACCUUGUGGUAAUUUAAGUGCUUAAAUGCAAACCUUGCUGCUUUGGAUAUCUAGAACCUCUUCUGGAUACUGAAAAUCUGGAUCUUGCUAGUACAUAAGGAGGAGUACAAGCCAUAAAUGGAUGCUGUAAGCAUUUUGUCCUCCACAAGCUUUAAACAGUUUCCAAAGCUGACAGACUUAUGCUGUUGCAGUUGAAUACAUACAUUAACCAAAGUUAAACACGCAUAUUUGUAUAAUACUUCAUUAUAUAAAUAUAAUUGUGUGAAAAAGUAGACCCUAGAUGUUCUAAUACCAUUGUCAUAAGUGCUCUACAAGAUCAUCUAUUUAUUGUUCUUAGGAUGAUAAAACUAAAAUGUCUUUUCCUAUCAGAAAAAUUAAAGAACAUUACAACAUCAUCAAGUAUUUGCUGCCAUUUUAGUUUUUAAUGAAGCUAUAGGAAAAUGUGUAAACCAAUACUUAAUUUAGCAAAUAAGAUAGGAAAAAGAAUCAAUAUUUAACUUAAAUAUUGCAAUUGACCACAUUAUAUAUUACUGCACUUAGAACAAAAUGCUGUACAAAUACAGGCUUUUUUUUCCCUUUUAUUAAGAGUUUAAAGGAUGACUGAUUUACCAGCACAGAUUUAUUUUUUUAUUAUGGAAUAUAAAAUUAGCUGCAGUAGUCAGUUUUAUUAUAACAAUAUUAAGAAUCUUUAAAAUGUUAAACUGAUGGUUAUAAAAUUUUAUGUAUGACAUUAGAUAAUAAGAUAAUAAAAUGCUUUAAAUGUUAUCCACUUUGAAAAUGAGCCUGAAUCAUUCUGCAAGACCCAAGUAAGAUUUCAAAAUUAAUUUCACACUGUAUUUUUUUCCAACCAUUCCAUAACAAAUAUAUAGCUAUCUCAGAACAUUUCUUUACUGAAAACACUACCCAGCAGCAAUUUUGGAACUGAGGUCAUCAAAUGUUUUCAAAAUGGUCUGUCUGGAAAAAAACAACCUGCCUGUAUUUUACUCACCUUUAUUUCACUGAGUAUUCAUUUUACAGUAAUUAUAUCCUGCAAUAAACUGAUUAAAUUACCUAAAAGCUGGCAUCAUGAUAAACCAAAUUAUGCAACAUA